AUGGGUUACGAAGGUGUCGGGGCUUUGAAGUCGUUGAUCUUGACGUUGAAUGAGACGCAACAAGAGGCUUUGCUUGAGCGUCUCUUCUCUGUGGCAAGAGAGGAUACGCCAGACAUUGAUCUGUCUGCUCCGGUGGUCAGGGUAGUAUGGGUCUUGCUCGGGAUUUCUACAGUCGUGGUCACUACCAGACUGACCAUCAAAUUCCGAACGACUCGUCGACUCUAUCUCGAUGAUGGGCUUAUGGCUCUUGCCUUGUUGCUUGCUUGGGUUCAUGCUGUCUUUUUACAAAUCUCGUUCUGCAAUGGUCUCGGUCGUCAUGUCUUCUACCUCGAGCCCGCUCAGAGGUACCUGGCUAUCAAAUAUGGAUUCCUCUCUCUAAUCUGGAGUUAUUUCUGUCCCAUGUUGGGCCGCCUCAGCUUUUGUGCAUUCCUUCUUUGUGUCGCCAACACCGAUCCUCGGACCAAGAAAUGGCCCAUCUGGAUGUUUAUUAUCCUACAGCUCAUUGUCAACGUUCUCGCAUCUUUUAUUCUUCUAUUAACCUGCGGAACUCAUCUUGACGGCCUGUUUGCACUACAACUUGGCCAGUACUUCACAUACUGCUUGCCCGUAGAAAUCCAGACAAAUUAUGCUUACUUUGCUGGUGCCUUCAAUACUCUGACCGAUUUCUUUUUGACUGUUCAGCCUGCUCUGUUGAUUAUGCAUACCAAGUUGGCAACAAGCAACAAGAUUGGUGUCGCUUCUUUACUUUGUUUGAGUAUCAUAGCCAUGAUUGCAGCCAUUGUACGAACAGUCGCCGCCCACAAACUCAGCGAUGUUGGUGAUUAUACAUAUGAGCUUACACCCUUCAUUACGUGGGUCUCGGUCGAACUUAAUGUCGUGCUCACCGUCACAUCGCUACCUCUAUUACGACCUCUUGCCCAGGAGGCACGCGAGAAGGCCAACAAACUCUUCGCAAUGACUCGCAAGGAAAUGGAGCCUUGGGAUGACACAAUCUCGCUGCGCAGCGUACACACCUCAGGAGCAGAUGACGAAGAAAGAAAGACAGGAACGGAUGAUAUAGAAAGUAAGACAGGAGCUGGCGUAGGAGUGGUCGCUUUGAUGACCCCAGCGAGACAAGAAGGCUUCCUAGCACAACAGGACAUGUCGAGUGUCGUUCGCACUGUCGAAGUGCAGAUCAGCUACGAAACGAACGAGACGCCAAUGAUACACGCUUGCUUGGUUGGACUGGUUCAAGGUCAAGCAAUGGAACGUCUGGCAGGCCGAUGA